AUGUUCAGACAUAGACUGAAGCAACUCAAGACCAAUUCUGCCUCUUUUACAAAAAUGAGUUUUUUUCUGAGUUUGCUGUUUAAGUAUAUUCAAAAAAUUAAGGAAUGUUUUUCCCCCUACCAAUCUGUGAUCAAAGGGGUGUUUUUCCUUUAUAUCAUAGUUCCUUUAAAAAUAAUCUUCAGGAAAAAAAAUUUUUUUUCCAGUAAUUUAAAUCCCCAUAUUAAAUUGGAUUUCAAAAGGACAGACUCUUUUAGUUUGGGACCAGAUCAGCCUUAUACAUUUCUAAACUCCUUUGUACUUUAA